GAGAGGAGGAGGAGGGGAUAGCCUAAGAGGAAGGAAACGGCGAGGGGUUCAUCAACAGACAGGGGAGUCUCUUGUCAGGCUGAUAGAAGGCUGGCUAUAUCAAAUGAAAGCCUGACACGGGAUACGCCACGGAAAUCUCUCUGGCUGAGAUAACCUCGUCGACGUUUACAGAAAAUCAUUCCAGCGGCUGGAGAUCCAGAUGUUUACGUAAAACAAGCUGUCAAUCGUAUUCUUGGAACUGGAACUUUCAUCGCAUUUUGAUUCUCUCGUUGCUGCUUGGGGGGGGCUACAACGGGGCCACAUUUAACUCGUUUGCGUCACGCUUUGGAGUUUCCUCCCUGGAUAGACAUUUGGCGUUUGCUGAGGUUUUGAGACCAAAACCGAAAUUCCAGACCAUUUUUGGCUGGUGGGCUAAAGCUGCGUUCUCUGAUGGGUUACAUGGCGUGCGUUUGAUCCUGGGGUGUGCGCUACGCGAUGGCCGCGUCGGGCGGACGGAAGAGCGAGAAGUUGGACGAGGCGCAGGCGUUGGCCCGGAGCUGCGCGGGGAGACCGGACUUUCUCCCGUGCGACGGACUGUCCAUCUGCGCCACACACAGCCAUGGGAAGUGCUUCAAGCUCCACUGGUGCUGCCACUUGGGAUGGUGUCACUGUAAAUAUGUGUACCAGCCGAUGACCAACGUGUGCCGCCUCCCCAGCACCCCAGUGCCUGCCACGCCCACAGACCACCCCCAUACCAUGGACCUGACAGUCUCAUUGGCCGAACGCUUCCUCAUGACCGCCCCCGCCUUCCAAGCCCCGCCCUGCCUGGAGUCGCCAAAGUUCUGCAUCAUCUCAGACCUCUUCGUGGACGACUACAUGGUCAAACGCAUCAAUGGGAAGAUGUGCUAUGUCCAGAGACCUCAACCUUCGACCAUGCCCAGCCCGCCUCAAUCACAUCCUCCUCACCCCAGGUCCAAACCCCACCCCCAACGGACCCCCAGACACCACCCACACCCCCAGCCCAGACCACACCCCCAGGGCACCAAGCCCAGUGCCCUGGGGGACAAGGUCACCACCCCCAAAAUAGACCACUGCUCCUCCCCGUCCAGCUCUGAGGAUUCUGGGAUAAAUGCGCUGGGCGGCCAUUACAUGGAGUCAUGUGACGAGGGUUCUGAGGAAGAGGAGGAAGACGAGGAGGAAGUGGAGGAGGAGGAUGAAGAGUUAAGUAGUGAUGGAGAGUCUAGUCCACUAAGUAUGUGGAAUCAAGAUGAGUGUUCUCUGCUCUCUCCGUCCAAGUCUAUGGUGGAGAUUAUUGAGAAGAUCGAGACAACUGUGUGAGACAACUUGCACUGUCGCGUUGAAAUAGAGACGAUGAGAAAGUGAUCUCACCGGUUCAGCUUAGAGCCACACACACCCACACACACACACACACACACACACACACACACACACACACACACACACACACACACACACACACA